CAUCCCGCACACGACUGCAUCACAUCACAGCAUAUUCCCCCAAUUCCCUCAUUUUUAGGGCUCAGAUUCCCCAAACAUUCAAACAGCUUUCAGCUUCAACAAUCACUCAAAUUCCUAUCAAUGGCGACUCCUGAUGUUCUCCCGCACGAUCAUUUCUCAUCAUCUUCAUUCGAUCACACCAAAGGCGAUGCGAAAUCACGUGGAUUGGCGCUCGAGAAGAAGAUUGAAUACCUUGAGAGCUUGAACGACAGAGUUAGCAACAGACGGGCACGUAGAUGGAUAAAUGAUCGUAUACUGUUGGAGCUUGUACCUCGUUUGACUGGAGAUGAAAUUAGAGGGUUGUUUGCUCCACCACCUUUUGGUGAUGAGGCACAGCCGUCACCAUUUUGCAUGACAAAUGUGGGGGAGUGGGACAAGUUUAGGAAUAUAGACAUGGAUAAAGAGGCUGGUGCAAUAGAGGCUCUCAAAGGUUUCUCAUCAAAGAAGAAAAGUAGUGUGGAUGCUGAUAAGAUAGCUGCGUUAACUGCAUGGCAUAGGGUUGACUGCAGAACUAGAGAGGCAUUUCGCCGAAGCUUCCUUCCAGAACUUGUUAAUGGUUUUGAGGUUAACAUACGGGCCUUUGUCUCAGAGGCAGCUAAUGAGGAGGUUCUUGUGAUGUAUGCCCAAGAUCCUUUCCAUAGGUUGUUACUUCAUGGUGUUUGUGAGUUCUACAACUUGGUGUCAACAACGGAGUCCGAGACCAAAGGUACAAAGGUGUUGAAGAUGACCAAAAUCAAGAAGAAGAAAUCGGACAACAACGAGCUCCCAACCAUCACACUUUGUGAGUUCCUGAAAAUGGCAAAAGAUGGUUUUUGGUAGGUGUUUUAACCCAACCAAACCGCGAUUACAACCCGUGUAAAUAGUUAGCUUAAGUUUGUACCAGCUAAAGUUAACUGGAUGUAAACUUAUCUCUGUUGUGCCCACCCUUUGAAUAACUUAUUUCUAGCUCUGCUAAUGUGGUGGAUGUGUCAAAGAUUCUUGGAACAUUCUUUUAUUUGACUUUGUUGGAUAUUUAUUUCAUAUGUUUGUUAAAUAAUAAUACCAUUGAGUAACGAUAUGUUGGACA